ACAGCUAGUUAUAAAUAUUUAUAGUUCGUAAUUUUAAAAAUGAGUUAUAAAUUUUAGGCGCUGGAUCGAAAAGUGACUCUUUCGUCAGGAUACAUAACGAAAGGUAGAAAUGCCAAUGACAUAACAAUUCAAAACAACCGUAACUCUCAAGAAAUUACAUGGGAAAAGGAUUUUGAUAAUUUGAAAUUUUAUUUCAUGCAGCUACAUGAACUUACUGGUAAACUGGAGACUGUUACAGUUGAUAAUAUGUGCAAGAAAUAUAGGAAAAAAUGUAUGGAACACGUUUUGAUUGAAUUUGUUCUACAGGAAUUGGCAAAUACAGAUGAAUGCCCAAUUAAAAAAGGUGCAGUAAAAAUUUCUUAUCCGUUGGAUUUCGAAUUUCAAAUAAAAGAUCCAAAGACACCAUGUGGACCAAUUAUUGCAAUGUUUAGUAUUAUUAAAAAAAAUCAGUCGAAUUCCGAUAAUAAUUCUUUAUUAAUGAAUAUUUGGUUUCGAGGUGUUAUAACUGGCGAUAGUUGUGAAUGAUUUUUACAAUGAUAUUUACUAUUGUAUAAAUGGUAUAGUAUUCGAUACUG